AUGGCUGCUCUCACCAUGACCCCUACCAUCAAUCUCUCUCAAACUUUCACAAAAUUGAAGAACCAACGCAAAGUAGCAUUUAUCCCUUACAUCACUGCUGGUGAUCCUGACCUUUCAACCACUGCUCAGGCGCUCAAGGUGCUCAAUUCUAGUGGAGCAGACGUGAUCGAGUUAGGUGUGCCACACUCUGAUCCAAUACUAGACGGUCCAGUUAUUCAGGCUUCAGCCACUCGUUCCUUAGCUAGAGGGACCAAUUUCAAUUCUAUUAUAUAUGUCAAUGUUAAAGGACGUGAUGCUCCAUUUGAAGAGACAAAAAGCUUGAGAAAGGAGGCUGUGAAGAAUAAUGUUGAGUUGGCAUCAAGGGUGGAAUCAGGAAUUUUUCAAUGA